AUGGACGACAGCGAGACUUACAUGAUAAUGCAGAUCGUAAAACCGGAUUCACUGUCUCCGUCGAGAGCUGCUCAUGAAAAGGAGCCGAAAGGGAACAUCGGAAGGAGACCGUACCGUCUGAUCUGCCUACUCUGCCUUGUUAUGUCCGCCCUCGCCAUUAUUGUGGCCGGUCUCUCGAUCCACGGUGAGUGGAACGGGCUCCGGGUGGAGACAGACCAGCAAACGUGUUCCAAGGAAUGGGUCACAAAUAAUGACAGGUGUUAUUACGUCUCGCCGUUUGAAGCUUCUUUCCCCAGAGCGAUGCAAGAAUGUUCAAACCGUGAUUCAAGGCUGCUCGAAAUCAAUUCAAGUGAUGAAACGAGCCUUGUAUCCCACAAACUUUUGUACCGAAACCUUGCACACUGGAUUGGAAAAUGCGAAAACGGGACUGUUGGCUUGGCCCUCCUGUACAACGUGUCCCCGGGGACGUCCGUCUGCAGAGACUGCGGACCACGCGUAGGGAGUUACCCUUGUGAUAGUGAUCGGCGUUUCAUCUGCGAGAAGUCGGCACCUUUGCUACCGGAUAUUCCUGAAGAGAUCCAGGGUCUCUGUCAAUAG